AAAAACCGUGUAACAGGAUUCACAACAACUCAUCAUUAUUAUAGUAUAAUUCUACCAUACCACAUAAAUCGUGUUAAAAUAUAAAACGCGAUGUGACCUCUAAUGUAUAAUAACGUGAAGUCAAGAUGUUCAAAACAAUUAUCAGUUGUAGUUAAAAACAUGUGUAUGGUACUGAAAACUUUUAAGUUGUCUAGGAAUCCUCUGGUACAUUUAUUGUAUUUAAUACUAAUUAUUACUACUGUUAGCAACCAUCGCGUACAGACUGAUGGAAACAUUAAUAAUGUAGCUAAAGCCACAGAUCCUAUUUCAUCUGAUGUGGAUAAAAGAUCAACAAUUAAAGACGAAGAUCAGAAACUGGAUGAUGAAGACGAUCCAUUUGGUAGUAUGACGCUAGGCUUAAGUCCUGAAUCAUCAACUCCUGGGGACCUUAAACCAGAAGAAAAGGAAUUAGAAGCAGAAAAUGAUCAGAAUUUCAAAGGUGCAGAUCCUAUUCCAUCAAAUGUGGAGAAAGGAUCAACAACUAAUGGUGGAAUAAUGGAACAAAAAAAAAAUAUGAUAAAAGGAUUUCUUGCAGGGUUGAAUGCUAAAAAUAGCAAAAAUCAGCCUAAUGAAAAUGAAAUAAAUAAUACUGACCCCGAAGAAAAUAACAUAGAUGUUGCAGAUAAUAAGCUUGAAGAUCAGGAACUGGAUAUUGAAGACGACCCAUUUGGUACUAUGACGCUAGACGUAAGUCCUGAAUCAACAACUUCUGGAGACCUUAAAUCAGAAGAAAAUGAAUUAGAAGCAGAAAAUGUUCAGAAUACCAAAGACGGAAUUACAAGUUCAAAAAAAAAAAAGAAAAAGAAAAAGAAAAAGAAAAAGAAAAAGAAAAAGAAAAUGAAAUCAGAAGCUAUUCCUGACACUCAAUCAGAAGCUAUUCCUGACACUCAAUCAGAAAUUAUUCCUGAUACUCAAUCAGAAAUUAUUCCUGAUACUCAAGAUACGCCACAUCCAUUGAAGCCAAUUAAUCCGGAAGACUUGACACUAUCUUCACUCAAGAAUAUUGACCAUGAACCAGAAGAAAAGGAAAUAGAAGCAAAAAAUAAUCUUAUUUCAUCUAAUGUGGAUAAAAGAUCAACAAUUAAUGACGAAGAUCAGAAACUGGAUGAUGAAGACGAUCCAUUUGGUAGUAUGACGCUAGGCUUGAGUCCUGAAUCAACAACUCCCGGGGACCUUAAACCAGAAGAAAAGGAAAUAGAAGCAAACAAUAAUCUUAUUUCAUCUAAUGUGGAUAAAAGAUCAACAAUUAAUGACGAAGAUCAGAAACUGGAUGAUGAAGACGAUCCAUUUGGUAGUAUGACGCUAGGCUUGAGUCCUGAAUCAACAACUCCUGGGGACCUUAAACCAGAAGAAAAGGAAUUAGAAGCAGAAAAUGAUCAGAAUAUCGAAGACGGAAGUUCAAAAAAAAAAAAGAAAUCAGAAAUUAUUCCUGAUACUCAAGAUACGCCACAUCCAUUGAAGCCAAUUAAUCCAGAAUACUUGACACUAUCUUCACUCGAGAAUGUUGAAAUCGUAAAAAUUAAAGGAGAAGUAGAUCCGGAAAGCGAAGCUAUAAGAAAAAAAAAGAAAAGAAACACGUUUAAAGAAUUCGCACCUACAGAAGGAGAUGCACGUAUAUAUUGUACAUUUUUGGGAAAUGUAUUAAAAAUGUACAACAAAGUAAAAAAACGUUUUGUUGGACACUUUUGUCAUGCAAUUGUUUUUGGCACCCCAUUAAUCUUAAAAAAUCAUCGUGUACACUUGAGCGAAAACAUGAGAGAUCAGCUGCGUGGUAUACAUGAACACAAACAACUAAGUCUUGUUAUCGUCAUUAUGCAAUUUUCAAACUAUAAAUAUUGGGUACGCGCGUUACGUAACGAAAAAGGCAUGGACAACUUAAUUAUAGAUAUAGUACAUACGGCCGUGCAUUAUAAAAUUGACGGGAUACAAUUUUCAAAUUUACAUCCAACAAGGGUAACCGAUGAAGUAAAUAUACAAAUGAUGAAUAAUCUAAUACAAUUCUUUGAAAAUCUAGAAAAAGCUGCAAGAGUAAAGAAGCAUAAUUUAAAAAUUGGCAUAACCAUCGAUAUGCACGGUCUGUCGAUCACAAAAAGUUUUACUUCAUUCAAACAUUUAAAUUCACUGGUCACUUGGUAUUCAUUCAAAACGAUUUCCAUGGUAACAUGUUCAUCGGAUUACACGACUACAGGCACUUCUCCAUUAGAAGGAAAAAUGGGCUUUAAUAUGACAAUUAAAACAUUAAUCGAGAAAAUUAAUCACUAUAACGAAUUUGAUAUGACGAAACUUGUAGUUGGUAUACAAUUAUUUCCAAAUAAAGAAAAUGAUCCACGCCCAUACACAUAUGAAGAGUUAUGUUCGAGCCCAAAGGACACUUGGCACAAGUGGUGUGCUGCGAAACCUGAAGAUCAUCGAGCAAAGGGUAGAUUUUUGCGGGGAACUGAAAUUGGAGGCGUUCAACUGUAUUACAUGCAUUCUGACGAUUACAGGUCCACAUGUGGAUGUUAUUCGUUCCCGUUGAUCCGGGCACUUCUUCGGGGCUUGAUUAAAGUUGAUACACCAGAAACGUGUGAUUUUCAAACGGCACACAACUAAACAUCUGUAAUUGUAUCAACUAUCAAGAGCCAUUAUAAUAUUAUGUUUCCCUCGAUAGUCAUAAACUCAUAAAUCAUAUUAAUUAUUAUUGGGCGCUUAUGGAAUAUUAUAUUGCUGUUAUUAUUAUUAUUAAAUCAAUAUUUUGUAUAGGUACACUGUGCUAUAUUAAGAGCGUAUUUGUUCGACACAUAUUCUGUUCAUUUUAAUUACCUAAACGUGUAUAACGUGUAUUGUUGUCAUUAAAUAAUAUUACAGAUGUAUAAUUUUUAUUCUAAUGUGCAUGCUGUACUUCAAUAAUACAAACGUGUUUUGUUGAUUAAAUUUCUUUUCUUUUAA